CCCCCCCCAAACCCAAAGCCUCCAAUCUCUCUUUAUCUCUCUCUCUCUCUUUCUUUUUUGUUUAUUUUUUUUUCUUUUCUCCCCCGAUUCUUUUUUUUUUUUUUUCAAAAUUAUUCUUCUACUAUCUCGUAAUAAUCUCCCGGAUUAGGAAUUAUCUGGUUCGAUUUUGUGACUGAAGAUCGGCCAAGGCAACCAGAUUAACAAAGAUGGACUCUCACGAUGAAACUGGAUGCCAAGCUCUAGACCGCCCCAUCCUUUGCAUUAAUAACUGUGGCUUCUUCGGAAGGGCAGCUACAAUGAAUAUGUGUUCCAAAUGUUACAAGGACAUGCUUCUAAAGCAGGAGCAGGCCGAUCUGGCAGCAACAUCCAUUGGUAGCCUUGUGAAUGGCAACAAUAGUGGCAUUGGCCCUGUUGUUGCUAAUGCUGUCAAUGUGCAAGCUGGACAAGUUGUGGCAGUGGUUAUUUCAACAGAGCCAUCUUGUGGCUCAUCCUCAAGCAAAGUUACUGAUGAGGUGAAAGAAAUAGCGGGACCAAAGAGAUGCACUACUUGCCGAAAGCGUGUUGGUCUAACUGGGUUCAAUUGCAAAUGUGGAAACACCUUCUGUUCAACUCAUCGCUAUUCUGACAAACAUGACUGCCCUUUUGAUUAUAGGACUGCUGGUCGGGAUGCUAUUGCUAAAGCCAAUCCUGUUGUCAAGGCAGAGAAACUUGAUAAGAUCUAGGAGUCAUGUGCUGAAGUGAAGAUUUAUGUAUGAAAUGAUGACGCUUCUCUUUCUUGGCUUGUUCUCUUGUUAGGUCCUAUGGUAGAAAUGCUUAAGUCAUGAUAAUGAGGCCAUCAGAUAAGGAAAUCCUAUAUUCCUUGUUGGUGAAAUAUUCCUUUGCUUGUUCCAGUGUGUAAGUCUUUGGAUUGCUGGUUUGAUGAACUUCUUUGGAGUUAUUUUGCUAUGUAUUGCUGUUUGGUAUGCAUUCCUUUGUGGCAGUUAAUGGAAAUAUGUAGUUUGCAGCUUUAA